CCCCAAGCACCCAUUCACCAAGCCAAGGCGCACCUCAUCUCCGGAAAUCUAGAGGAGGAAGAAGAAAGAUUCAAUUUUGUUUGUAUUUGGCAGUCAAAUCCUCGAUCUGACGAAGAAUUAAGCAAGCCAGCGACGAUGCCUUCGGAGUUCGCCGCCGCCGGGAAGAAGAAGCCGGCCUUGCAGAUCCGGCAGGUGUGGGCGGACAACGUGGAGCAGGAGUUCAAGUUCAUCCGCACCGUGAUCGAGCACUUCCCCUACGUGUCCAUGGACACGGAGUUCCCCGGCGUGAUCCACCGCCCCAACAAGCACCCCGCCGCGCUCACCGCCGCUGAGCGCUACGCUCUCAUCAAGUCCAACGUCGACGCGCUCCACCUCAUCCAGGUGGGGCUCACCUUCGCCGCCUCGCCGACCUCGCCGCCCGCGUUCGCCUUCGAGAUCAACCUCCGGGAGUUCGACCCGCGCGUGCACCGCCACUCGCCUGACUCCAUCCGCCUCUUGUCCUCCAACGGCAUCGACCUCGCAGCGCACCGCGCCCGCGGCGUGGACUCGCGUACGCUCUCGGCGCUGCUCAUGUCGUCGGGGCUCGUGUGCAACUCGGACGUGGUUUGGGUGACCUUCCACUCGGCCUACGACUUCGGGUACCUGAUCAAGCUGCUCAUGGGACGACAGCUGCCCAAAUCGAUGGCAGAUUUUCUGAAAUAUGUGCGCGUCUACUUCGGCCAAGUGUAUGACGUGAAGCACAUGAUGAGAUACUGCGGCGACCUCUUCGGUGGGCUAGAGCGCGUGGCGGCGACGCUCAAGGUAGAGCGCACGGCGGGGCGGUGCCACCAGGCCGGCUCCGACAGCGUGCUGACCUGGGACACGUUCCGGCAGAUCAAGCAGCUCUACUUCGCCAAGGAAGGCAGCGUAGAGUUUUGCGCCGGAGUGCUCUUCGGGCUCGAGCACGACGAGAAGAACUCCAAGCUGGCUUAUGCGCUUAGAUGAACAAGAGAGGUCAAACAAGCCUGGUUCUCUCUCUUGUACAGAGCUCAUUUGCUCCUCCUUUGUGUAGCUCUCCCAAACUCAAUUUGGGACAAUAACAUGAAAAAAAAGGGUUCUUUGGUUGGUUAA